AUGUUUCGACACAAGCACCAGCUUCACGCCGACCUCUCCGAUACCGAUUCGGAAGAAGAGUUCUACCACCGCGUCCACAGGCGACCUCGUGAUAACGUCAUCAUCGAGGAUAGGAGACGGCCUCGUUCAACUUCCGAAGUACACCGACGCCGCCCGGGGGACGCUGCAGUUUACAUAGAUAUCAACAAUGAGCAAGGGCUACAAGGAAACACGAGACUCGCCCCUCCUCCUGCAGCUCCAGUCGGCCGAGCCAGGUCCGUCUCUCGUCGCCGGCCUGCCCUAGCAGACGAACUUAGCGACUUGGAAGAUGAAUUCAUUCGCCACGAACGCAGGGCUAUUCGUCGACUACAGCGUGAGGAGCCAUCACGAAGAGCGGAAAUUGAAGCCGAGGUCAGGCUGGAGAGAAUCAGGCAGCGAGAGCAUGAGCUUGAUGAAAUGAGAAAAGAAGAAGAUCGCGUACGCCGCGAAGAAGAACGGAUCCGUCGUGAAGACCGUAUACGCCGUGAAGAGCGUGAACGCAUUGAGAGCGGCAAAAGUAAGCAAGCUCCAGAACGCCGUGAGGAAACGGAAUUGGAACGAGAAUUCCGCAUUGCAAAGGAAGAGGAAAUUAGGAGUAUGAGACGAUGGAGGAAGAUGCAGGAAUAUAAGGAGUGGCAGGAGAUGGAACGACCAGAGAGACGCUCAGACCGUCAAGAUCGCGAAGAGUCAGGAUUAAGCCGACGAGAUAUCGAAAAGGAGAUUCAACUCGAGAGGCUGAAGAAGAUAGAGAGCGAUGACAUUGCCCGAAGGAAAAUCGAGGACGCCCUCCUCAUCGAACGCAUGAAAGCUCUGGAAGAAGAGCGGGAAGAAAAGGAACAUGAGAGGAAAGUUCGUGCAAAGGUUGAAGCGGAAAUCGCCCAGAAAGAGAAAGAUGAGAUGGAAAGACUACAGCAAGAAAUGAAAUUGAAAGUGGGUGCCAUAGAAGAAUACAAGAAAAAGGAGGCAGAAAAGGAGUUGAAGCGGCGAGAGGAAGAAGAGAAGGCCAACAAGGAGUUCACUGAUAAGGUGAACCAGUUGUUUGGCGCCGCCGGCUUCUCCGAGGACAAGAUCACUGCUAUUUUGGAAGGCAAGCCUAUUAAGGAGAAGGAGAAGGAGAUCGUUCAGGUUGACAGAUACAUCCACCAUGGCAGACAUAGAGACGAUGGGGAUGAUGAAGAGGCAUUUGUCAAGGUUCAUCGCCGUUAUGUUGACGCUCGAACUCUGGACGCAUUCAACUUGACAUGGGAAUACGACCCUAACGAUGCGGACUACAUGCUUAUUUACCAUGUCCUCUGUCAAGAAGAUCAAGACCGACUGUUUGAGCACACACGAAGGAUACGUGGACAGCGCGUGAUUACUGCUACCCCACACAACGGCCCAGUCAUGGUUGAGAUGAAAGUCAACGAUAAGAAAAAGGAUGGUAUGUUCUUGGUCAGGAAGAAGGCAGACAAACGAGGCUUGUUUUGGUAG